AUGUUUGGUGACAGUUCCCCCUCUAGAACCAUGCAUCGAAGAGUAUUUCCGAGCUGGUUUGGAUGGGGCCUCAAGUCUAAAGAUCUGGAAUACAUCGAAGAAGCAAUAACUGUGCGGUUUGACUAUCGGCACUUCGUCAACGACUGGGGGUAUUUGCUGGACCGUGGCAUCUGCGAGAGUGCAACUUCAGGAGAGUGUCGGUUUCAGCACUUCUUUGGAGAGAUCAACAGGUGUUUGACGGGUCUUCUGGGUCCGACACACUUCAUGACCAAAUUGAAUGAGAGACAUGCCAGCUUCAUGCUGACAACUGAGCCAUUCAAGUACCACAUGUCAGAGCAGUUCGUCAUUGCCGAUGCCCUGUCCGCGACAGCAUCUCAGUUCAUGAUUUUAUCCUCGCCCUCAGAGGGUUCAGAUCAGGUUGCUUUAGACAUGUGGGACCUGAACGACGCUCCUCGUCGUGUAGCGACCAGCAUCGUUUCCCCUGCCGGGAUUGACUUCAAGUCCGAUGCGGCGCGGUCUGUCGCGUUCUCCCAUGCCUUCGCUGAAUUUUUGUUCGGAAACCGAGACGGGAGUGCUAGGUUUAUUUCUGACCAGCAAGCCGUAAAUCCCAGCUAUGAACCUCUUUCAACAGACAUUGACUCGCGCGAUGGAGUAAUAGUCGUUGCAACUCGCAGUGCGCACAAACACACGCGAAAGCACGCGUUGACGAAUAAGAGCAUCCCCAAGUCGACCAAGGCAUCCGGGGACUCGGAGUCUGAUUCUUCAGAAGAUGAGACCGAUGAUAAUUCGGAUGAUGAAUAUCUAUCCAGCUCGACCGACGAGAAUUCAGCUGACGAAACAUGCAGCGAAGGAUCCACAGACUUUGAUUCAGAUCAAUCUGAAAGCGAGGCGUCUGAAAGCAAUUCGGAAGCUGAUGAUAGAUAUACUGACUCGUCUGAAGAGGAGGAUGACGAUAGCGAUGUGGAGUCAGAACACGAGACCGUCGCAGCUAAGCCCGACGAAUCGAAAAGAACCAGGAUAGUGCUCAAUUACGAGCAACCAGAAGACACUCAACUGAAACUGGAUGAGGGUUUGCUCAAAAGGAAGAAUGGAAACCGUCCGACAUAUCCAGGCAUGCCAGGUCGCUUGAGGGAUUCGAAAGACCAAAUCACCGCAGGUGUCGUCGUGUAUGAUGUCAGAUCAGGGCAGACUGUCCGCAUGUUCAGAUACAAGCAUGACGCUCCGGCAAUGCUUUACCACUCGCCCCCGGCGUUACAUCCGACAAAACCCCUCCUCGUGUGGCCUUUGGGUGGUGGGGAAGUGUUGUUCGCUGACUACGAGGAAAAGACGUACUUCACCAGGGCCGCAGUGCCCACAACAAACGAUAGUGAGUUUAAGGCCGGCGACUUUCUUUCAAUCAACGACUGA